UGCUUUAACCUAUAAAUAUGUUUUGACACUUUUGACAGAGUGGCGGUAAUGAAAAUAAAAAUACAAACAUAUUUUAAAAUAAAUUUUUACAGUAUUCUGAUUCUGGCAAAUGCCUUCUAUUAAAAUUGACCACGUUGUUAGUUUUAGCAGCGAAGAUCCUGUUCAUAAUGCAAGCAAUAUUUUGUCAACAGACACAUCUAAGAAGUGGAAAUGCCAAACAUCUGGAGAGAAACAAGCAAUUGUUGUUUUACAACUUGAAAAAGCUAGUCAAAUAACAGCUAUAGAUAUAGGAAAUGAACACUCCGCUUAUGUUGAGGUUCUUGUUUCUCGCUCUGGAAACAAUGAUGAUUUCAAGGUCCUUCUGGUCACUUCAGCCUUCAUGACUCCUUUGGAGUCCAGACAAAGUCAGAAUAUCAAUAAAGUGAGGAUGUUCACCAAAGACCAAUUAUCCAAACCUGAAUGUGAUGAAAAAUGGGAUCGAGUGAAAAUUGUAUGUACUCAACCUUUUAACAGACAUGUUCAAUUUGGACUUUCUUUUGUAUCAUUGCAUUCAAACGUAAGUAAGGAGAGUGAAUCAAACAGUCAGUUAUCUAUAGGAAAAUUUACCAUCAGACCUGAAUCACCAGACAACCUAUCCAUUGGUGCAUUGUUUGCCAAAAGAAAAGAACUGAAACAGGAUGAAAAACCAACAGCGGCAGCUGCUAUACGGGAUGCUGCAUCAUCUUCGUCUUUAGCUAUGUAUGGUUCUCCAACAUGUAAACCGAAAUUAAAAAAUAAAGAUCCAGACUGUACAGCAAAGAAAAAAGCCCCUCAGCAAGACGCAGACUUGUCGAAACCGACAAACAGAAACAGAGACGCACUUUUUUAUACAAGUGACGAUGAAGAAAAUAAUGAUAAAAUAGAUAAGAUUAUGAAGAAAAAGGAGGAAGAGGAUUUGAAACGUAAAGAAAAAGAGGAGAAUGAAAAAAACGAUAAGAAACGUAAAAACUUUUGGGGUGCAUCAGAUGAUGAUGAUAAAAAGAAAAAGAAGGAUUCAUCAAAUGAUGAUAAUAAAAAGAAAAAGAAUGAUGCAUCAAAUGAUGAUAAAAAGAAGAAUGAUUUGCCUGAUGAAAGUAAGAUGAAGAAGAGAGAUAAAUCGCCAAGUGGUACUCCAAAAAGAAAUGACAAAAAAGAUAAAACUACAGUAGACACUCUAAAACUUACAAAACCCAAAGAUGAGAAAAGAGAAACUAAAAGAAAAACUAAUGAUAACUUAGGGGAAUCUUCCAAACCGAAAAAAGCUAAAUUCACUAAACCCUUUCAUGAAUUAUUAUCAGGAGUCACAUUGGUUAUUAGUGGAAUUCAGAAUCCAGAUCGUGGUGUUCUUAGAACUAUGGCACUUUCUAUGGGGGCUAAGUACAAGCCUGAUUGGGAUUCAACUUGUACACACUUGAUAUGUGCCUUUUCUAACACUCCAAAGUUUAACCAAGUUAAAGGUAAAGGAAAAAUUGUCAAAAGAUCAUGGUUGGAAACAUGUCAUUCGCAAAGAAAAAGAUUACCUUGGAGGCGGUUCGCUUUGGAUAAAGCUGAUCUCAAUAAGGACGAAAGUGAAGAUGAAAUUUGUGAAUUGAUAGAUCUUCCAUCAACCUCAACUACCAAAACUGCCGUACAGAAAAAUUCUAGGAUAUCAGAUGAUGAUGAUUGCAAAGCCGAAGGAUCAGAUACUGAAGAGAGAAUAGCGAAAAUUCUAGCAAAGAAAAAGCAAGAAGAUAAACAAAAGAAAGAAGUUAAAACUCCAACCAAGAAGAGAGAUGAAAGUCCGUUUAAAAAGAAAGCAGAAACUUCGCCGAAAAAUAGGGCAGACACUCCUCCCAAACCUAAAAAGAAGGACGAACCUGCACCAUUACAAAUUUCUACAGACGGUGACUCAACAGAUGAAGAAUCUUUAAAUGGUCCAAUAAAUUCCAAAAACGGAAAAACUAACACAGGAAGCCCAAAAAGAAGACAACCAAGCAACGAUCAGAUAGAAACACCAUCAAAAAGAGAAAUGAAGAAAACUGUUGAGGAUGAUGAUGACGACGAAACGGAUGAAGAAUUACUAAACGUUCCAAAAUAUAACAAAGAAAAAACUUCAAACGAGAAUACGAGAGUACAAACACCGCUUGCAAAAAAAACUUCACCUAUACUAAAAAGAGAAGUACUUAUGGACGUUUCUGAUGACGAUAAGAUUGACGAAGAUUCAGUAAACGUUCCAAACAAAUAUAACAAGGAAAAAACUUCACCUAAACUAAAAAAAGAAGCAGUUAUGAACAUUUCAGACGACGAUAAAACUGACGAAGAAGCAUUAAACAUUCCUACUAACUCUAAAAAUAGUUUGGAUCGUAUAGAAAGCUCAAAACGAUUAAAUAGUUCUCAGACAAAUGCAUAUACGGUAGAUACAGACGAGGAGGUCGGAUUAGUGAGUAAUUUUCAAAAUGAAAGAACGAUGGACAUUUUCCAUGAUGAAAACUUUUAUGUGGAUGAAAGUUUUGACCCAAAUACGUACAAAAAAUUGACUAAAUAUAUUAUAGCCUACCAUGGGAAAUGUACCGAUGAUGUAACAGGUAACGUUGACAUAAUAAUAACAACUAAAGAAAAUAGUAAGAUGUUAAAAAAAGUCAACAAAAACGCCAAAUGUUUAGAUCAGGAAUGGAUUUUACAAACACACAAUAAACAUAAAUGGAUACCACUAAAUAAUUAUUUAUUUUAAUUCGAGUAUAGUAAGAAAGCCAGUAAUUUUUGUAAUUGUUUAAUAAAAAAGGUCUCUACUCUUUG